AGCAGGGCAGCAGACAUGCGUCUCAUAAUCCUGGAGGACGCGUCGGUGGUGGCGGACUGGGCGGCGCGCUUCGUGCUGCAGCGCAUCACGGAGUUCGCACCGGGCCCGGGCCGCCGCUUCGUGCUGGGCCUGCCCACCGGCGGCACACCGCUCGGCAUGUACCGCCGCCUCAUCGACUUCUACAAGGAGGGCCGCGUCUCCUUCAAAUACGUCACCACGUUCAACAUGGACGAGUAUGUCGGCCUUCCGCGCGACCACCCAGAGUCGUACCACUAUUACAUGUGGAACGAGUUCUUCAAGCACAUCGACAUCGACCCGGCGCACGCGCACGUGCUGGACGGCAACGCGCCCAACCUGGUCGCCGAGUGCAAGCGCUUCGAGGACCUCAUCGCGGAGGCCGGCGGAGUGCGUCUCUUCAUCGGAGGUAUCGGCCCCGACGGCCACAUCGCGUUCAACGAGCCGGGCUCGUCGCUGGUGUCGCGCACCCGCGUCAAGACGCUGGCCUACGACACCCUGGAGGCCAACAAGCGCUUCUUCGGCAACGACAUCUCCAAGGUUCCGCGCCAGGCGCUCACCGUCGGCGUCGGCACCGUAAUGGACGCCAAGGAGGUGAUGAUCCUGAUAACGGGCGUGCACAAGGCGCUGGCGCUGGCCAAGGCGGUGGAGGAGGGCGUGAACCACAUGUGGACCGUGUCCGCCUUCCAGCAGCACGCGCAGGCGCUGUUCGUGUGCGACGAGGACGCCACGCUCGAGCUGCGCGUCAAGACCGUCAAGUACUUCAAGGCGCUGAGCGGCGAGCACCAGAAGAUGAUCGCGAGCGUGCCCGUGCUGCAGCAGCACGUGCUGCACUGAGCACCGAGCACUGAGCACUGAGCACCCAGCUCUGCGCACUGAGCCGAGCCCUGCCCCGAGCAUGUGGUCCGUAGUACACGAGCUGUCCUCUCUGUUGCGCAGAGUCUGAUGGGCGAGCACAACAAGCUGAUCGCCGACGCGCGAUGAUGACUCACAUUCCAGUGCGGAUGCAUCCUCACAUUAUAAUAUAAAAGAUUACUACUUAGCUUUACGUUGGGCUUUCGCUUUAUUUGAACAAGCGUA